CUCUCACACCUUCAUGCAUCUAUUACUAGAUGACAAGAAAGAGCUAAUAAAUGCGCGGAGGCGGGCAACGUAUCUUAAGAACAAGGAAAAUGCUGACAUUAACAAGGAACAGAUGAAAUCUCCGUUGGUAGAUGGUUAUCGAAGAAAAUAUGAUGACGCCGCCGGCAAGCAUCUCCAUCAAAAUAUGCCUGCCGUUGACAUGUCGGGUAUGCAAAAUGUUCCACGGAGCGCUCUCGGUGAUAUCACUAAUGGGGUACAAGCUCACCCUAUGCUCCUUGCCGACAAAAAUAGCCAGAUCAAGGCUCAAGGGCGAGCUACCGUGAAGCACAAAGAUGAUAACCUUCCUGCCCUUACAAUAUCAGCCGACCCAAAUAGGUCCAGCUAUACGUCAUUGUCACAAGAUGAGGCGGUAUUGCCUCAUACCAAUACAAUCAGUACAGCUGUCAUUCAUGAUAACCAACUACCUAGAAAGCAGCGUGGUAAGCAACGCAGAACUUGCUUAACUCCUGAUCAAAUGGAGCAAACAAACGCGCGGAGGCGAGCAACAUAUCGGAAACAUCUAGAGCACGGAACUAUCGAUCUUGAAGAAAAAAAUACCACGCUGCGAGAAUGGAGGGCAUGCAGCAAAGAGAAGGGGGAGUUAAGUGCAAAAAGAAGGCAACUUAUGCGGCAAAGAAGCACACCCCGUGCAAAGAAUCCCUCGCACUGCCACGUCCAGACCUAG